GGCUUAUCGGCUAGCAGGCUAACGGCGUCAGAAAAAAACACAUACGUUGCAAUUUUUCACAAUAAUGAGUUAAGAACAUUCAUUCGGAUACAUCGAUUCUUACAUCGGACACGUUUCCGCAGCGCUAAUUGGUUUGUGUUUCUUUCUGGUCAGAUCACGUGAUCUGAGGCUCUCCGUUGUAGCUACGGCACCGUAGCUAUCGUUAGCUGGUUAUUAGCAUCUAGCUGACUGUGUUAGGUUAGCACCGUGCUUUUGGAGCUUAACAGGAAACGCUGCGACCUGACAUUAUAUCGUACCGAGCUAAAGCUAGGAGCUGUCAAGCGAAUGAGUUAAUGUUAUUUCAGUUCAGUAGCAGAUUGUUUUUUGAUUUACAAACUGCUUGGACCAAACUAUAAGCUGAGUGAACGUCAUAUGCAUGGCUGCAAACAUCAACAUUAAACAGAUGAGCAUGUGACCUAAGACUUGUGCUUACAGUACAUGAUCUGGACAAGGGGAGGAGGUCAAAAUCAAUCUGGGUAAUUUAUUUUGCAGUGAUCAGUUGGGAGUGAGUAGCCAUGACAACAAAGACAUCCCUGUUAAAAGUUAUCUUGCUGGGUGAUGGUGGUGUAGGAAAGAGCUCCAUUAUGAAUCGCUAUGUCACCAAUAAGUUUGACGCCCACCUUUUCCACACCAUUGGUGUAGAGUUCCUAAACAAGGACCUCGAAGUAGAUGGCCACCAGGUUACCCUGCAGAUCUGGGACACCGCUGGCCAGGAGCGCUUUCGCAGCUUGAGGACUCCUUUUUAUCGUGGCUCAGAUUGCUGCCUUCUUACCUUCAGUGUGGAUGAUAACCAGAGUUUUCUCAACUUGGGCAACUGGAAGAAGGAGUUCAUCUACUACGCAGAUGUCAAGGAGCCAGAGAAGUUCCCAUUUGUGGUCUUGGGUAAUAAAUUGGAUGUGACAGAGAGGCAAGUGUCUACUGAAGAGGCCCGACAAUGGUGCCAGGAGAAUGGUGACUUCCCUUAUUAUGAGACCAGUGCCAAGGAUGCUACUAAUGUAGCAGUGGCCUUUGAGGAAGCAGUACGUAGGGUGUUGGCAGUGGAUGAGAGAACGGACCACCUCAUCCCCACGGACACAGUCAAGCUUCACAGAAAGCCCCGCUCUGCUACCACUUGUUGUUCAUAACAUCCAAGAGCUGUCACUAAUAAUCUGUCAUGCCUGUUAUGUGACGAGGCUGUAGGUGUACAAUGCUGUAGUAACAUCAUAUUUAAACUAAUUAUACUGGCUUUUUGAUUUAAGGUUUGAUGUGAAUUUUUGGACUUAGGCAUAAAAUACAGAAAAACACUAAAUUCCUCCAUGUCUUUGAAAAAAAAAAAAAAAAACUCAAAUCACUAACACAUUGAUUCAGCUCUGCCACAGCUGAAAAUCAGAUUUUUAAAAUUCCACAUUUUUUUGUCUAAAGGUUAAAUAUUCAGUUCUCUUAAAGAAAAAUAUGACUGGUAAAUUCUGUGUUGAUGUGUACUAUUUGGUGAGUGCCAUCAUUGGAUUUCUAAACUUGACUCACAAAUGUGAUUGUGUAAAGUGAUGACUGAUAUAUUCAGAAAAUUAAAAAAUAUAUACUUCCUAAUAACAUUUAUUUCUGAGAACUAUGAAGUAGCUAAGGCACUACUUUGUAUUACUAACAAAUUGAGGCUUGUUAUUUUUGCACCUUGAGGUUUUGUCUGUGUACAUCUUGCAUCUUGAAUACAUUAUAGCUGUGUGCUGGAAGCACUGUGGCAUUUGUUUCCUACCUACCAGGAAAUAAACAUUGAAGCAAACCUAACAUGCAUGGCAUAUUUUUAUAUUUAAGUUUUUGGAAAUCUUUGUAAUUUUUAAGCUGUUUCCCACUGAAAAAUUCACUGAGGACUAUUUGAGAAAUUUUCUGUAAUGAAAGUGUAAUGAAGUGGAAAUGACUGAGUGGUUCUCUGUCAUCAUGGCUGGGUUUAUUGUUUUAAAUCAUUUUAAAAGCACUCUUAAUCUUGUUUUAUACUUACAGCUGAAAGUCUUUAACCACAACCUAACUACAAGUGACCAGUCAUUUCCCUUAACUGUUUCUCAAAUUAAUAUCUGAAGUUGUACUAUUGGUAUGCCAAAUGAUGAAUAAACAACCUUAGAAUUA